AUGGAAGUACUUGUGGAUACGGGAGCAACCAAUAGCAUCAUCCAGCAAUCAUCACUUUCCAAAAUACAACAUCAACAAUUUUAUCCGAUACAACAUCAAUUUUUUUUGGCGAAUAAAACAUCAAUCUCUAUCAUUGGAUAUGUAACUUUGGAAAUAAAAUUUCUACAUAUUCGAACAUAUGUAACAGCAGCAGUUACGAAAACAUUAUGUUGUGAUGUUAUAUUAGGUGAAGAUUGGAUUAAAUCUUAUCAGGUAACAAUAAAUCGUUUUAAAGAUAGAAUUGAAAUUCUAGGAAAUAAAGCUGCAGUACCUCUUCGAACAUCAUUUAAAAACCAUUUAAUUCCUGUUAAACUUCAACAUUCUAUUUCCAUUCCACCACGUACAAAACAAAUUGUUGAAGCAUUUACCACUAUAUCAACAGCAACAAAAGUAUUAUUUUCACCUGAUUUAUGUCUACAAGCAAGAAAAAAAAUUUUUUUGACACAAGAAUUUAUUCGAAUACAAAACUACUUAACAAAAUUAGCUAUUACUAAUACAAAUGAUCUUCCUAUAUAUUUAUCAUGUGAUACAAAUCUAGGAUUUAUAUCUUUUUUAACACAAGCCGAUCAAGUUGUUAAUGAAGCUGAACCAGUUAUUAAAAAUUUAGAAGAAGAUAAUAACAAAAGAUUUGUUGAAAUAUUGGAUUCAUCACCAUCUGUUGUAUCAAAUGAUAAAACUUCUUGUGUUGAUCAUGAUUAUCAAUUUCAUAAACGUUAUAAAUCUAUAGCAAGUCAACUUGUACCUGAAACAUCAUUGUGUGUUAAUACAAUUAAUAAUUCAACAGAACGGACGUUAUCCAUUAUUAUUGACAUUGAAAAAACUCUCGACCAAGUGGUACAACAUAUCAUUGACUUACAAAAAAGAAUUGAAACACGACAAGUUAUACAACGAUAUCGAAAAGUUUUUGAUACGUCUUCACCAACAAUAGCACUUACAUCAAUUCAUCAUACAAUACCAACAGGUGAUCAUCCACCAAUUAACUCGGUUCCUUAUAGAGGUUCAUUACAACAACAACAAGCAUUAAAAAAAAUAAUUGUUCAACUUGAACGAUCGAAUCAAAUUCGACCAUCAUCUUCUCCAUGGUCGUCACCCGUGUUAUUGAUCAAAAAAAAAGAUGGUGAUUAUCGAUUUGUGGUAGAUUAUAGGAAACUUAAUUCGAUAACAACUAAAGAUUCAUUUCCAAUACCAACUAUCGAAUCAACAUUACAACAAUUAGCUGGAAAUUGUUAUUUUUCGAAGUUGGACUUACGUUCAGGUUAUUUUCAGAUUCCAAUUAAUGAAAAUGAUAAACCUAAAACAGCAUUUAUAACAACAACUGGUCUUUGGGAAUUUAAUGUUCUACCGAUGGGCUUAACAAAUGCUCCACCAAGUUUCCAGAGAACUAUGUACAAUUUAAUCGUCAAUGGUCGUGAACAAUAUUGUUUGGUUUAUCUCGAUGAUAUAAUUAUUUUUAGUAAAACAUUUAAAGAUCAUUUAAAUCAUCUUGAUGAAAUUCUUAAUAUUCUUGACCAGCAUCGAUUUCAAUUAAAUCCCAUUAAAUGUUCACUAAUGGAAAACAGAAUUGAUUAUUUGGGACACUCAAUUAGUGAACAUGGAAUUACUCCAUUACAUGAUAAUAUUAAAGCAAUUCGUGAAUUACAUUUACCUGAUUAUCCAACAUUAAAACAAGCUAAUGAAUUUAUUGGUGGAUUAGGGUUUUAUAGAAAGUUUAUCAAGAAUUUUUCGAAAAUAGCUGCUCCAAUUCAUCGAGUUACUAAUUUAACCAAGCAUAACAAGCAUAAUUUUAAAUGGGGUGAAGAACAGCGGCAAGCUAUUCAGCAGCUGAAGGAGAUUAUUACUGGACCAGAACUAGUACUUGAUUUUCCGAAUCCAGAUUUACCAUAUAUACUAUCAACUGAUGCUUCAAAAGUUGGUCUAGGUGCUGUACUUAAACAAGUAACUGAAGAUGGUGGAAUAAAAAUAAUUUAUUAUUUAUCACGUGUAUUAUCCAACAGUGAAUCAAGAUAUUCCACUACAGAAUUAGAAGCAUUAGCAAUGGUAUGGGCUAUUACCAAAUUACGUCCUUAUUUACUUGGAAAAGAUUUUAAAGUUGAAACUGAUCAUUGUCCUCUAUGUCAAUUUCAUAAAAAGAAAUCACGUAAUGGACGUCUUGAUCGAUGGUCAAUUGAAAUUCUAUCCGAAUAUAAUAUUACUGAAAUUAAAUAUAAAAAAGGAAAGUGCCAUUGUGAUGCUGAUUUACUCUCUCGUUAUCCAUUAUACAAUGAUAAAAAUUCCUCGAAUGGCGUUAGUAUCAGAAAACAAGAUGAAGGUUAUUUAUUUCCUCAUGUAGAUGAAUUAAAUGAUGGUGAACCAGACCUUCAACCAAUAGCAACAAUCAAUGUGGUCACUCGUUCUAUGGUUCAUGAUCAAGCAACAAAGUUGUAUGAUCACGAAAAAAAAACAUUUGAUAAUAAUUCACUAAAUUCAACGACAAGUAAGGUUCAUAACACUCGAUUAAGAACCGGUAAAUUAAAAGAAAAAUCUUCACCUUCAUCAUGGAAUACAAACAAGAAUGGGAUGUCGACUUCAUCUACAUCAUUAGAUACAUGUGUUGAUUCAACAUUAUCAUCAUCAAACAGAUUAGGUAGAGUUCCUUCAAUACAUAUUGGAUUUAGUAUGAGGAAAUUAAAGGAAGAACAAAUGAAGGACAAGGAAAUCCACGAAAAAAUAAAAAAUCUAGUUAAUAAGGAAUCUUAUGAAAUUAUUGAUGGUAUUAUACAUAAAUUAGUUCCACGUGGUAAAACAAAAAUUAAACUUCCGUGGAUUCCAAAAUCAAUGAUUAACCAAGUGCUAUUUCUUUAUCACGAUCAUCAUACGGCAGCACAUCUCGGAAGUAAUAAAACGUCACAUAAAUUGAUCAACAAGUAUUAUUGGCCCAAUAUGCAUCGGACCAUUAAUAAUUAUAUCCAGUCGUGUAUGAAAUGUUCGAAAUAUAAUUAUACCAGAACAAAACGACCUGGCAAAAUGAAUAUUACUCCAACACCUAAUCAAGUGAUGAGUUUAGCGGGUAUGGACUAUUGGGGUCCAACUAAUCAACCUACAGCAAGAGGUAAUCGAUAUGUUAUUACAAUAACUGAUUACCUAUCCAAGUUCGUAUUUGCAAGAGCAGUGAAAACAAAUUCAGCUCAAGAGGCAGCCGAUUUUUUUCUUGAUGUAUGUUAUCAUUAUGGUGCACCAGCAAAAUUAAUUACUGAUCAAGGACCACAUUUUGUUGCAGAGUUGACAAGAACAAUCAUUGAGUCAUGCAAUACAACUCAUAUUCUUGCGACUCCAUGUCAUCCAACAUCCAAUGCACAAACGGAAAGAUUUAAUGCUACAUUUGCACCAGCAUUAUCAAAAUUAAUUUCCGAUCAAACGCAAGAUUGGGAUGAUUAUUUACAACCGAUAAUCUAUGCAUACAACACCAGUAAGCAUGCAACAACAACAUUAACACCAUUUCAUAUUAUGUUCACGAGAGAAAAUCAAUUGCUGAUGGACCCAAAGCAAUUGAAAGUAUCCCUUAUGAAACCAAAUCAAUAUUAUGACAAGGUGAAACAUUCAAGAGAAUUAAUUAUCAAUCAUGUCAGGUUAAAUAUUCAACGUCAAAAUAGAUCAGCAAAAAGUCGAUACGAUCAAAAUCGACCUGAUCCAAAAUACAACAUUGGUGAUUUAGUUCUAGUACGAGCUAUUAAUAGAACAUCAAAAUUUCAAGAAAAAUAUGAAGGUCCUUAUCGGGUUAUUGCUCAAAAAGGUCCCUCAACAUUUAUUGUAAAAAUUGAAGAUCCUGAUAGUGAUGAAGAUCAAAACUAUACAAAACAAGUAACGACAGCUGAUCUGAAACACGUUCGUGUUUAUGAGGAUUUUUAA